AUGGCGUCUCCCGCCUCCGUCUCCUCGCCGGUUUCCCUCUCCCUCCCGCUCCACCCAUCCCCGUGCCGCCGCCUCCCGGCGCUGCUCUCCCGCCCACCUCCCCGCCGUUUCGCCCUCGCGCCGCCCCGCCCCGCCGCCGCGCUGCUCUCCAGCCCAACCCACGCGCAGCAGGAGAAUGAGCUUGAGGAAGACGAAGACCAAGAACAGGAUUCUGAGGAGGAGUAUGAGGGGUAUGUUGCGGGGGAGGACGACAUGGUGGAGGUUGGGUACGUGAGCGGCGCGCACGGGGUGCGCGGCGACGUCCUCGUCUCGCCCCGCACCGACUUCCCCGACCUCCGCUUCGCCACGCCCGGGAAGAGGUGGCUGCGGGCGCGCGCUGCCGGGAGGAUGCAGGUCAGGGAGUUCGACCUUGUGCGAGGGAAAGCCCACACGGGGAAGAAGGGCUGGAUCGUGCGCUUCGGCGGCGUCGACUCCCUGGACGAGGCCAGGCAGAUAGUUGGUUCAGCUGUGCUGGUGAAGACUGAGGAUAGGCCGGAGAUGGAGGAGAAUGAAAUAUACUCGCUCGAUCUCGUUGGCAUGCGUGUUAUUGUCAAGGACACAGGCAAGCUUGUUGGAACAGUUGCUCAGGUCUUCAAUUUUGGAGGUGGCGAUCUUCUCCAGGUCAUGGUUGGCUCUGCCGAGAGUGAUGUUCAGCCAAGUUCGAAGAAUUCUGAUUCAACUCCAUCCCGUCAGCACGUGUGGAUUCCAUUUGCUCAAGAUAUUGUGCCUGAUGUUGAUAUGGAGAGUAGAGAGAUGUUGAUUACACCACCAAAGGGGCUUCUCGAGAUCAACACACGUCCUGAGAAGUCGAAGAAAGAAAGGCGUGCGAUGGAUUGGAAGGAAAAGAAGAAGCUACAGCGUCGCAUAACUGCAGCGAAAAAAGUACUAAAUGAAAUGGAACAAGGCCAUAUUUUGGAAGGUUUGGCAUCAGGGGACAAGCUGGAAAAGGAUUCACUUGCAGAACAGAUUGGGAGCAUUGACUUUCAGUUAUUCAAACAUGCAAUGAAUAGUGUCAGCAAGCAAAUUGACAGCACGUUCAAAAAUCUGGUUGCUAAUUCCUCUUCAUCAAGAAAAAAUGUGAUGCGGAUACCUUGGGAGACCCUUAUGAGCCAUGAAGAGAAAGGGAAUUAUUCAUUCAGUAAUGAAUUCAGCAAAGGUCGUGAGAUCCUUCAAACAUCAAAAGCAGCAAUCGUGCUUGUUACAAAUGACUCUGAUUCUUAUGUUAUGGAUGCUGAGCUUCAGAGAUUGCUUAAUUCGUUUAGUGAGUUUAUGAAGGGUGAAGAAAAUCAUAGCUCUCUCCCCUUCGUUAUUGUUUCUCCAGCCGGUCAAGUGGAUUCAAUUAAGAGCUACUUGGUGGAGAAUGACUAUUUUGGUUUUGACAUUCAAAAGGUCUGGAUCCUCGAAGAGAUGAAACUUCCAAUUGUCAGUCUAUCCUCCGAGAUAAAGAGCAAAAAAAUUCUGCUGAAGUCCCCAUGGGAGGUACUUCAAAGGCCAGCUGGAACUGGGUCGAUUUUCAGCUCACUAUCAUCAAAUAAAAUUUUGGAAGCAUUGAAUGCAAUGGGCAUAAAGUAUGUACAGAUAUGCAGCGUCUCCGACAGACUAGUUCUCGGCCACCCUUUGCUCUUAGGGGCUGCAAGUUCCCGCAGCUCGGAUGUCAGCAUCAAGCUCCGCAAGACCAGAGACAAUACAGAAGAUGGUUUCGAUAUGAUUCUUUCCAUCAACCACUUGAACAAAAUGUGCAGAGAUGUCAGCAAGGUUAGCUUCACUGCACACCCUGAGCAGCACGAACACGUUGAGCGUGCUGAUGGCCAGUGGGUCACCGUCCAGCCGGAGGUGGAAAACUCUCAUCGGCUGAGUGCAGAUGUUACAAGUGUAUUGGAUUCUUGCUCUCCUGACAAGCUGUUCGUCAUGGAGAUGGUCGAGUAGUGGACAGUGGUUAGUGAACCCUGCCUUUUUUUUUUGCUAUUGUACUGUAGAAUUGUACAUAACCAGACCCAAGUACCUUCACAUAUAUGUGAUAAUUUUCUGUUCA